AUGGUAGCCCUUUCUUUCGGAGCUGCCGUUGUAUUCUACUUCCUCAACUCCGUAAGCGUUUUCGCCCAGGAGUUCAACUUCGAGGAUGGCAUCCAGAUUCAUGGUGACCGCAACGCUAUGUCGCUCAAUCUCCUCAGACCAGUAAACACAAACCUUAUCACCAAGACCACUGAGGGAUGCUCUGCUCGUCUACCAACCCACUUCAAGCCCAAGGAUUCCAACAGGCUUACCACCCUUUACUGGUUGGAGAACCGCAUUUUCGAAGUUGACCAGGAUAGUGCCCAAUCCAUCAGCGAAGUCACUGUCUACCGCAACUGCUACGACACCCUCGUAGAUGUCAAGGUUGGAAACACAUCACACUACCUAGUUGGUAAGAACGAACUAUUCGAAGGUGUUGAUGCUGAUCGUUUCGCCGCUGAACUCGCCGACAUGCAAAAUGGUUUCACCGUUGAUAUCGGCAGAGUGGAAAAGAGCGAUUGCCUUAUUUUGGAACAAAAUGACGCUCUCACAAUCACAUGGUACAGCGUAUACGCCGCAUCUUGCUAUUACGUGGACAAGGUCGUAGACAACAACUACACCCUCUGGAGUGCUGACGGAUGCAACCAACGUUUCGCCGGUGCAACUAUAGUAGUUGACGGUGAGCAGAAACUUGUUCUUCUCCUAGUUUUCGUUGACAACGAACCCAAGCAACUAUUCUUCCGCUCUGUUGCCGGACGUUACCAGGAAAUCACCCUUGAGGAAAUGCAAAAUUACUACGAAGAAAUCAAGGCAAAGGAUGCCGCUGCCCUAGAGGCACCCGCCACUGAAACCGAGGCUGAGGAAGCAACAAACUCUGAAACUGUCGAGGAAGCUGAAGAUGCCCACUCUGAGGAAUAA